AUGCCUACCUCAACUCAAGAUCAUCUUGCUUCCCCAUCUACUCCCAAGCCUGCGGCUGGCUGCGAUUGGGAUGGCGACAAGGCUGAGCCCGAGCUUGACGACCUCGCCUACCAACAUGCCCCCAGGGAGCCUAUACCUACUCCACAAGUUCCGCGCACCCCUUCGCCCGAAGCACUGCCGUCCCCAUUAGUUGACCAGCCGGCCAUACCGUCGGUCAAAGGCUCGCCUCCACAAGAGCCUGCUAUCCAUGAGCCAGCACCCGUAGUUGACUCUAGACUUGAGUGGCACCAAAAGCAUCAUGCAGAGAAAGAGAAAGCCCACGAUGAGAGGCAUAGAGCAAGAGCACAGGGAGACACGGCGAGAAGAGAGCUCAAGAAGAAGGAAAAGUCUGAGCGCAAAGCUCGAGAGCGGGCUCGACGCGAGUCGCGCAAAAGAGAGAGGCAAGAGAGGAAGUCCAGAAAGAGCGAAACGAAAGAACCCAGAAAGCCUUCUGUGGGAGCCCGACUCAAGGAAAAAGUAGAGAGCGAAUUGCAAGUGCUGGCUGAUGAGUUGACGCACGGCAUUCGCAAGAUCCUGCCCAGUUCUGAUACCCCAAAGCUUCCAAAGUCUCAGGAUCAGCAGCAUGAGGGACCGAUGCCAUUAGACCCCCUUGCACAUCAGGACGACACAUUCACGCGAGACAAGGAGAUUGUCCAGGCAGCAAAGAAUGCAGAUGACAUUGCCAUGAGCCUUGGUCAUGACGGGGCUUCAGAUCGACGUCCGGCAAGUCGUAUACUCGAGUCCGCUCCCAAACACUCAAACAAAAAGAAACCUCAGAAUGCGGCCGAUGGUCAAGAUAAGUCAGCUCAGCACGAUAUCCAUUCGAGUCCUGUUGCCGAUAAAUAUGAAUGUGGCCAUACAAAGGACGUGGCUGACGGUGACUCAUCAACUGCACACAACAAAGGCGAGAUCAUCGAUGUACAACACAAGAGCCAGCCAGUUGCACCCGGUAUGUUGAAACGUGCAAACUGUCUCUGUGGUGCUCUACCGCCAACUCCCUCUGAGUAUGCCGCCGACGAACCUGUCGCUGUUCUCACACCCCGAAUUGACACGCCAGGUCACGAAGAUCCCUUUCCUACUGACCCUUGGGAUAAAAAAUGA